AUGGCGGCCGAGCAGAGGGUCUCUAAGCGUGUGGAGAGGGAACUCCACCAGACAAAAGUCGUGGUCCGCCAUCUACCGCCCGACUUUGACCAGGAAGCAUUUAUGGAGGCGUUCUCUCCGGGUCUACCCGAAGGCAGUUUCAACUAUCUCUACUUCGCGCCCGGCGAUCCGGAGUUCGGCCCGAACGGCUGCGCGCGAGCAUACGUCAACUUUACUGACGAGUCCGCCAUCCUGACGUUCCGUGACCAGUUCGACGGCAUGGUUUUGGAGUCGAAAAGCGGCGGAGGGCAAAAGUACCGCGACCCUCAUCGAGUUUUCGCCGUUUCAAGCGGUACCCAAGCCUCGUAA